AGCGGAGGGCAGGCAGACCGAUCCUUCCGUUGCUUGGAAGAUUUGACAGAGCUCCAUAAGAAAUUAGGGUUUCUUCUUCUUCUUCUACCUCGAGUAGGAUAAAAAAAAAAAAGGUGCUAUCGCCAUAUCUGUUUCAUUCCUUCGUCAGUAGCAAUGGCGGGGGCUCUGCAGUACUUGGAGUCGCAACGAAAUGUGCGACCAGAUUUGGCUGAGUGGUAUGCUAGCCUUGCUGACCUCUAUCAGCGCAAACUGUGGCAUCAGCUAACGAUCAAGCUCGAGCAAUUCGUUGCGCUCGCCGUCGUCCAGGCUGGCGAUGCUCUGAUACAACUUUACCAUAACUUCAUUACAGACUUUGAAACAAAGAUCAAUCUCCUUAAACUUGCACAUUUUACUGUUGUGGUUUCUCGUCAAUAUACUGAAAAAGAGGCCGCUGUCAGCUAUCUUGAAGGGGUCAUUGAAAAGCUGCACGCUACUAAUGAUAUGCGAAUAGAGGAACCUAUUCUGUAUGUUAAGAUGCAAAUAGCUGCAUUUAAACUUGAAAAGGGAAACCAAAAGGAGUGCAAGAAACUUUUGGAAGAGGGGAGAACCUCGCUUGAAAGCAUGACUGAUGUUGAUCCCUCGGUGCAAGCCAGCUUUUAUUGGAUUUCAUCUCAGUAUCAUAAGUGCCACCAAGAGUUUGCUGAAUUUUACAAUAGUGCUCUUCUUUAUUUGGCAUACACAGAAGUGGAUUCUCUUUCAGAAACAUUUAAGCUGGUAUUUAAAAAUUUUUGUUUCCCUUUGAUCUGUCCCUUUUCGGCUUUGUUGGGAGACAACAUCUACAACUUUGGUGAAUUGUUAGCUCACCCUGUUAUCAAAAGUCUUAUAGGAACCAAAGCAGAGUGGAUUUAUCACAUAUUGCAAGCAUUCAACAGUGGCAAUUUGGGUCUCUAUCAUGAACUUUGUGGCGUUCAUAAUGCUGCUUUGAAUGCACAGCCAGCACUUACGGCCAAUGAAAAGAAGCUUUUGGAGAAAAUAAAUAUACUAUGUUUGAUGGAAAUUAUCUUCAGUCGGCCUUCUGAAGACCGCACAAUUCCUUUGAGCGUCAUUGCUGAUCGAACUAGACUUUCUAUAGAAGACGUGGAAUAUCUUCUCAUGAAGAGUUUAUCCGUUCGUCUUAUUGAAGGAAUAAUAGAUCAAGUUGAAAGUAGAGUACAUGUCUCUUGGGUGCAACCUAGAGUUCUGGGAAUUCCACAGAUCAAAUCUCUUCGUGAUCGUCUUGAUAAUUGGCUUGGAAAGGUGAGAACAACAUUGCUGUCAGUGGAAGCUGAGACGCCCGAUCUCAUGGCUUCAUGAGAAACGAUCACAUGCAAUAAUGUAUCUCUUCAUGUAACAAUCUCUGGUGAAAAGGAGGGCAAAAACAGUAGGGAAUGUUAAUGUUGGGCUCUCCUGCUUCCAGGACAUUAUUUCCCUUUUACUUGGGGCACAUUUUUUUUCUUAAUCUUAAGAUUGGUUUUAGGUUAAAAGGAACCUUUUGUAUCCUUUACCAAAUUCAUGAACAACUUGUCUAAACUUGAAAUAUACGACUACAGAUGCAGGAAGAGCAGACUAACUCCUACUUUUUGUUUGUGGAUUAAUUGCUGGCUAGCUGAGAAUUCGUUUUUCAAUUGUGUAGAAACUACCUUUUGUUUCAGAUAUGGAAUUAUUUGGCAUGCAAGUGUUAUGGAAGGAAACCGGUAUAUAUGUUUUUUC